CAACCGGUUUACAUUUAUGUCGUUCUUACGUGAGCAAUAAAGCAGACGUACUUACGGUACUGUUUAUAUUUUGAAGGCGCUCUGAGCCAAAUGGAGCCGUUGAAAGAAUAUAUCGGCCAAAUAGAAUAUGAUGUUAAUUUUUAUGCUGUCAUAUCGGCUAUUUUAGCCCUUUUAGUGACAAUUGUAAUUUUCUUUGCCUUUCGGAAAAAACGUGUGUAUCGGAGAAGUGUUCUAAUUACUGGUCUUUCUGAAUCUGGAAAAACUUUGCUCUUUUCUAGACUUGUGUCUUCUAAAAGAGUUAUAACAUAUACUUCAAUGAAGGAGAAUAUUGCUGUGCUGAAUGUACCAAAAAAAAAACCUAUCACUGUGGUUGAUGUACCAGGAAAUGAAAGGUUGCGAUUUAAGUAUAUUGAAGAAUUUAUGCCAUCUGCAAGGGGUAUCAUAUUUGUGAUAGAUAGUUUGACCUUUCAGAAGGAAAUUAGAGAUGUGGCUGGGUUCCUAUUUACACUUCUGCAGGAACCAUUUGUACAUCAUUACAGAAUUCCAUUUUUAAUAGCUUGUAACAAGCAAGAUCAUGCAGUUGCUAAAAGUGCUAAAGUAAUCCAAUCUCAGUUAGAAAAAGAAAUGAAUGCUUUGCGAAUCACUCAGAGUGGCCGUUUGGCGUCAGUAUCUUCUUUUGAAGAUAAGAUAUUCUUAGGCCAUAAAGGGAAGGACUUUCAGUUUUCAGACUUGAAAUCUAUAAAAGUAGAAUUCUGCGAAUGCAGUGCUUUAGAACCAGGAGAGGGCUCGUCUACUGAAAUUUUGCAGUCUUUUUGGAUAUGGUUAUCUAAAAUAGCAUAAUAAUAAUUUUUUAAUGAAGCUCAAUUUCUCGGUGUAUUUCAUUUCAUUUUAAUGUGAUGAGUACAUUUUGUUUAUUUUCUUGUGAAAUUUAUUAAUUUAUAUUUUUUUAUUGCUAUACACAUCCAGUUUAAAGCAUUUAUCUGUUCAUGUGUAAUAAGUAUUAAUUUAAAACUAAAGGUUUUAUGAAAGCAGUCUGAACAUAAAUCCAGCAUUUUUUAUGUGAAAUUUUCUUUUUAUUAAAGCUUGUCUUUCUCAUUUCACCUAUUUGUCUGUUUUUUUUUUACAAAUUUCAGAUAAUUAAUUUAUAAGAGCACAUAGUUUGUUUAUAUGUUUCCUUUUGUAGUUUUAAAGAAGUAAUGUUUCUUAACUGGUUAAACUUCACAUUUAUAUACCUUUUAAAAUGUUUAAGUCUUAAAUGGGCUGAAGCUUAAUUUAUGAUCACUUGCUAGUAAAAUUUCUGAUUAAACCCAGUUGAUGCAGCUGUAAAGAAGUUUUUAGUGUCAUUGCAUGGCAUUAAUCAUUAAAGGGCAUAAAUCACUAAAUAGCUUAUUAGCAUCACUGAAUGUCUUGAAAUGUUAUAUAAUCACUUGAAAUAUGAAUAACUGAUCCAUCAAAUAGUAGAGUGUAGAAUCUGAUUUUUUUGGGCUUGUUUUAGUUUUAUAUUAUUAUUUUUAACUCGAAGAAUAUGUUACUCAAGUAAUCUUAAAAUAUUAAUUAUAUAAUGAUUAACUUAGUAAAUAUCUCUAGGGGAAAAAAUCAUACCUAUUACAUUAAAACCAUGCUGUUAUGCCAUGUAGAUUAUUUUCAUAAGGCAUUUUCUUAAAUGUUUUUUAUUUACACCAUUGAAUAUUAAUAUUUCUAAUGAUGUGCUUAAUAAAUUCUAACUCAUUGUUUACAAUUUGUUUUAUAUGUGCUAAGUGUUAUGUAACUUUUACACAAAAGUGUUAUGCAUGUUGUGUUACAUGUAUCCAGAAUUAUUAUCAGUGCUGUAAUUUGAUGAUAUAGUAGGUAUAAUCACACUUUAUCUGAGAUGUUUUGAUACAUAAAAACUAGAAAUAUAUUUGAUUAAAUUUUCACAGUGUUAAUCAGAAGUCAUUCUCUUGAUCAUAAUGCAUUAUCAUCUAAAUUAAAUAAAUUCCUGUAACCAUUGUAAAUUGAAUGUGUGUCAGCUACAAAUUUAAAUUAAAUAAAAUUUACUCAGCCUUUUGUAUUUUUCGUUUUCUUUUAAAAAUAUUCAAAUGAUUAGAGAAUAUAGUGAUAAAGUAUAUUCUUAUUUGGUGUAAUAAGUUUCAUUGUUGAAACUGAUGCAGCAGUGUGAAAAAUGUUGAAAAAGAAUAUAUUCAUUUAUUAAAAAUGUGUCCAGAUCUCGCUAGGUUUUUAGUGCUUUAUUCCAUGAUGAGGGUUGUAUAGUCUGCAAAGUUUGAAAACAAACUCAGCAGAAAACCUAUUUUCAGAGGACAAGUUCAUCUAGCAUUUUUAGAGGUUUUCCAACUAAUUACUAAUUGCUGUACAUUUUGCACAAAUUACUCUUCACAGAUUAUCUGCACUCAUGGUUAUGGAAAAAAUAUAUGGUGUGUUCAAAUCAUGAAAAUUUCUUCCACGAAAAUAAAGAAUAGCCAUUUAUUUUCAAGUGUAGUCUUGGUCUUGCAGAAUAUUACAGGAGAGAAAUAGGUUCAUGAUGCUCCAAAAUGAUGAUUAACUAUGCAUAAUAUGUUCACCUAUAGUUGAUGUCCAGUAAGCUGACAUGUUUUUGAUGGGUUGAUAAAAGAGUAAAAGUAUUUCAACCCUAGAAUUUUUCAGUAAGUAAACAAAAUGUGGUCCUAAGUUUUUUAUUGGCCAAAUGCAAAUGGUGAUCAAUAUGUAUAGAAGGAUGCUUUUCAUAUAUUGUGGAAAAGUAGUGUCUCAUAAAAAACUGCCCAUAAAUGUAACAUUUAGUUAUGAAAAUACGUUGGGUAAUUCUAGAAACUCCAGAUCUGGCUACUAAAGCAUAAUUGUUAUAUUCAUCAUAAUUGAUGGAGUAACUGAAUAACUAUAUGAAGGAAUCAAACACACCUACUGUCUGACUGCAGGUGAAAUAGUGCUACAUAUCGCACUAUUAUGUAUGGUGUUUCUUCACUACUUGAUGUUAUGAACUUUCUCAUAACAUUUGUUAAGGUCAUGGCUAUGCAUUUGAAAAUCAAAGAAUAUUCCAUAUCUACAUAAGAGAAAUUUUUAGGCUAUUAUGAUCUUUUCAUUUGAUUAAAUCAAGUACGUC